ACACACACACACACACACACACACACACACACACACAGCUCACACACCCCUGCCCUCCUGAGAGCUGAGAGGAACACCUGAGAGGACACAAGCAGCAGGCCUUGCACCAUGGAUUCCCUCGUCACGCUGCUGUUCUCUCCUCUCCCGACCCCGGCCAUCUUCUCGCUGUUGGCCGUGUUUGGUGCCACUCUGUAUUACCUCAACACACGACCCAGUCCCAUCCGGACCCCCGUCGACCUCGAAUGCCAAACGUUGGGCAUCAAGGAUGGAGCGAGGAAGUCGGCACUGCUCGAGGACAACAACAACCUGACAGCGUUUCAGUACGAUGAAGCCAAGACCCUCUACGAGGUGUUUCAGAGGGGUCUUAAAGUUUCAGGUAACGGACCAUGUUUGGGCUACAGGAAGCCAGGAAGGACAUACCAGUGGCUAAAAUACAAACAGGUGUCUGAUAGAGCCGAGCACCUGGGGUCAGGGCUGCUUCACAAAGGUUUACAGCCCACAUCGGAUACUUUUAUCGGCAUCUUCGCUCAGAACAGACCAGAGUGGAUUAUCAGUGAACUGGCCUGUUACACCUACUCCAUGGUAGCGGUCCCCCUGUACGACACCCUGGGUCCUGAGGCUCUGGUGUUCAUUAUAAACCAAGCGGAGAUCUCCACCGUUCUCUGCGACAAUCAGAGCAAAGCAGAAACGCUGCUGCAGGCGCGAGAGACGGAGCAGACCCCUGUCCUCAAAACCGUCGUCAUCAUGGACCCUUUCAGCUCCGAGCUGGUGGAGAGGGGGAAGAAGUGCGGGGUGGACAUCGUGUCCAUGGAGGAUGUGGAGGCUCUGGGGAAAAGUCACCUUCAUGAACCUGUGCCGCCAAAGCCAGAAGACCUCAGCAUUGUUUGCUUCACCAGUGGCACUACAGGGAACCCCAAAGGAGCGAUGUUGACCCAUGAGAACGUGGUCUCAGAUGCUGCAGGUGUCAUUAAAGCCUUCGAGUCAUCAAUCGUCCCCAGUACGGAGGAUGUCAGCAUUUCAUUCCUGCCGUUAGCUCACAUGUUUGAGAGAGUCGUUCAGACGGUGGUGUACGGUGCUGGAGCGAGGGUGGGAUUCUUCCAGGGAGACAUCAGACUGCUGCCAGACGACAUGAAAACCCUCCGGCCCACCAUUUUCCCCGUCGUGCCUCGACUCCUCAACCGCGUCUACGACAAAGUUCAGAGUGGAGCCAAAUCGCCUUUCAAGAAGUGGCUGCUGAACUUCGCCGUGGACAGAAAGUACGCCGAGGUGAAGGACGGUAUCGUCAGGAAAAACAGCCUGUGGGACAAACUCAUCUUCAACAAAGUUCAGGAGUCUUUCGGGGGUCGAGUGAGGGUCAUGGUGACGGGGGCAGCACCCAUCUCUCAGCCUGUCCUCAACUUCCUGAGGGCCGCUCUGGGUUGCCAGAUCUUCGAGGCGUACGGUCAGACUGAGUGCACGGCCGCCUGCACCUUCACCAUGCCGGGAGACGCCACCUCGGGACACGUCGGAGCGCCGCUGCCCUGUAACGUGGUGAAGCUGGUGGAUGUUGAAGAAAUGAACUACUUUGCUUCAAACGGAGAGGGGGAGGUUUGCAUCAAGGGCAGAAAUGUGUUCAAGGGGUACUUGAAAGACCCGGAGAAGACUGCGGAGGCUUUGGAUGAGAACGGUUGGCUCCACACGGGAGACGUCGGAAAAUGGCUUCCAAGUGGAGUUCUGAAGAUCAUCGACCGGAAGAAGAACAUCUUCAAGCUGGCUCAGGGCGAGUACAUCGCUCCUGAGAAGAUAGAGAACGUGUAUGUGCGCAGUGGACCGGUGGCCCAGGUGUUUGUGCACGGAGACAGUCUGCAGGCCUGCCUGGUCGCCAUCGUGGUCCCUGACCCUGAAGUCCUUCCUGAUUUCUCCAAAAGUCUGGGAUGUAACGGCUCCAUUGAAGACCUCUGCAAAAACACGGAAUUGAAGAAAGCCAUUCUUUCAGACAUGACUAAACUGGGAAAAGAAGCAGGACUCAAGUCGUUCGAGCAGGUGAAAGACGUGUACCUCCACCCUGAGCAGUUCACCAUCGAGAACGGCCUGUUGACUCCAACGCUCAAAGCCAAGAGAGCCGAGCUCAAAGCUCUGUUCCAGCCACAGAUCGACACAAUGUACGCUAAACUCCAAUAAAAAAAACAUGAACCUGGUUAA